AUGUCUUCAUUAUUACUUUCUCUCACAUUUGCUUACCUCGUUCUUAUUGAACGUUUAACAACAUGUCAUGCGCAGUCACAUGGAGACAGAAUCGGAGAGUGCCGUCUUGAGCACCUCAGCGUCAUGGAACCUACAAAACGAGUUGAAUCUGAAGGUGGCGUAGCUGAGUUCUGGGAUGACAAGAACCAGCAGCUCCAAUGCAUUGGUGUCACGUUGAUUCGAUACACUAUAAGACCCAAUGGCCUUCUCUUGCCAUUUUACACCAAUGCCCCCAGAAUCCACUAUGUUCUCCAAGAUUAUGGCAAUUGGGUACAAAAGUAA